CUUGAAAAAGAAACUUGCAUACCUUUAAUACAAAAUAAAGAUCCAAGUAUUAAAGACUAUGAUAUGAAUAAAAGUAAAAAUAUUCAUAAUAAUGAUAUUGUUAAUAAUGAAAUUGAUGAUUAUGAAAAUGAUUCUAAUAAUAAUAUUUCA